UACGAAAAAUGGCAACAAAUUCCUAGGCGACAACUAUUGAUUACAUUUGUCCUUUCUUUUUUCUUUGUAGUUUGGUCUGAUCUUAUCCUCCGUGCCGAACUGCAGAACACAGGCCCCAGACGGAGACCGAGAAGGAGAAACCCAACAAUCAACAUAUACGGUGGGAGAGAUUCUAUGCGAACCUAGGAAUCCGCUAGAUUUAGCCUUUGGAUUUGGGCUAUGGCUUAGUCGAAGGUGAUGGCGACCACGUCAUCGACGAAUUCUGAUAUGCCACGUCAACCCUCCUUAUGUUCCUCCCUCUCCACCCUACUCGCCGAUCUCCAAAACCAAAACCAGGACCAAAACCAGUUCACUACUACCGAACAAAACCCUCUGGUUUCAACCGCCAUGGAUGAUCUCUUAAAAAAUAUUUAUUCCUAUCCAUGCGAUGACCACUCGCCUCUUCCUGGAUGCGCGUCCAAGUCCGUUGAUGAGGUGUGGAAGGAGAUCGUAUCCGGCAGCGAUCAAAAGAGGGAGGGAAAUGAGGGGAUAACUUUGGAGGAUUUUUUGACUAAGGCUGGUGCUGUUAGCGAGGAGGACGUUAAAGGGGUUGGAGUUCCGGCUCAGAUGGAGAUGUCUGUAGGACCUUAUAGUGUGGAUAUCAAUAAUCAUGGGAUGAUCAUGGCGGAAGGAGGAGGGAGAGGGAGACAGAAAAGAAGAGCUGUUGAGGAGCCUCCCAUGGAUAAGGCCACCCAACAGAAGCAGAAAAGAAUGAUAAAAAAUCGUGAAUCUGCUGCCAGGUCUAGGGAACGGAAACAGGCUCACACAAUUGAGCUGGAGUCUUUGGUCAGAGAACUUGAGGAGGAGAAUACCCGGCUAUUAAAGGAAGAGGUGGAGAAGAACAAGGAGAGAUAUAAAGGGCUUAUGAAGAACCUCAUUCCAGUUGUUGAGAAGCGAAGACCACCACGUGUUCUUCGUAGAGUAAAUUCUGUGCGGUGGUAGAUACAGAUCUGAGCUGUUGAUUAUCAAUAUGAUCAUUUCAUUGAUUGUCAUCAAGUUAUAGAAGUUAUAGAAGUUAUACGAGGAUUGAUUAGAGGAAUCAAGAAAAAAAAAAAAAAAAAAGAGAAAAAAAUGGAAGUGGAAACAUGUUCGGUGAUUAAUUUACUUGUGGUUAUCUUUUGAGUAAUUGAGGUUUCUGGUUUGAAGUGAGACUGAAGGGAGGUGAGUUCAAGUAAUCUUAUGCUGGAGAGGAAUGUUCUAAUUGACGUAGAUUUCUGGUUUUUUCCCCCUCAAACCAGGCAGAGAGGAAUUAGAAAAUUGGCAAGUAAAUUUUAUAAAAUGCCUAUGUAUCACUGUAAAGCUGAAAGAUUGAUGUAGUUGUGAAAAUCUUCCUCUUUCUCAUUUAUCAACCAAUUGAAUUCUUUUUGACAUGUUUAGCUUGAAAAGAAGAUAUUUUACUCCUGAAUUAAUUACAUGAAGUUUAAUAUUAUUUUA